AUGCUCAAUGAGCUUUCUAAUACCAAGCUAAAGCUGCUCUUCAUCAAUGUAUUUGGCAUAUUGCACAGUGCCACUUAUUUAAACGUAUAUCGCUUAUAUGCAGACUUGAAAAAUGUUAAAAUGGGCGUAGAUGGCUCUGGUGAGGAGGUCUGGAUCAGGGAGAUCUUCACUUUCCUCAUCAGCGGUCUUAUAGUGGUCCGCUUUUGCCUAUGUUUCGUGGGCUUGGCCUCGAACAUUGUGGCCAUAUACCCCAUUUUAACCAAUUCCCAAGCUGAGUUGCUCAUGCCCACCAUCAUUGUGCAGGCCAUUGAUAAUGUCAUCCUAAAUCUCUACGAGAUUAUUUUGGGCUACGGCAGCUUGUGCUAUCUGUAUCCUGAAAGUACGGCUGUCUUUGUAUUUUUCCUUUUCAAGAUGGGGGUGAAGAUCGCCUGCAGUAUCUCAGUUCUGAAUAUUUAUUCUGAUCACCACAAUCACUUGGCAAGUUUAGUUUCCUUCAAAGAGGAAUCAAACAGCUUGGGACCAGACAGUGUGGAUGAAGUGGAAUUGGUCAAUCAAAAUUUUGAUGCCAACUAGCUUUGAUUUAUAACAUUAA